AUGGCCGAGCCGGAGUGGUCCUCGGUCCUGAUGGAAGCUGAGAAGCACUUGAUGACUGCCGGGAAGAUGCGCCUGCUGCUCUGGAGGACGAGCUUGACGGCCGCCGUCACGACGCCUGGUUUCCUGGACGCCAACGCCGGCGAGCUGUCCUCCAUGGCGCUGCGCACCCUGCCCGUGUACUCGGACGCCGAUUCUCGACGCGGCGUGGCGCGCCUUCUGCGCCUGGCCCUCGCCAACGACACCUUCCUCAAGACCUUCGCAGGCGCCCUUGUCCGCAAGGAGGCCGGCGUGGUGGGGCGCCACGAGGCCGCAGUCAUGCUUCGCUGGACGUGCCUGGUCCUCUCUCGCCUCGAACUGCCGGGUGCCAAGAAGGCCGUGGACAGGCUUGCCAAGGUGGCCGCCACAUGCCUGGACGGGAUCCUGGGCUCCGGGGCCCGCCGCUGGCGCCUGUUGACAUCCCACCUGGCGCGCCUCCUGGCCGCCAAGCCCGGCCUGUUCGACGCGUGCCUGGCUGUCGCCAAGGCGGGCGGCCAGCCCGGCAUGGCCCGCGCGCUGCUCGACUUCGCCGCGGGCAAGCCGGAUGUGAUGGAGGGCGCGAGGGCCGAUCUGCUGGCAAUGUAUUGCGACCGUGUGCUGGGGGUGAAGGGGCCGCCCCGGCCCGGCGACUCUGGCGCCUACCGCGGGCUCCUCCAGACGCUGAGCCACGAGGAAUUUAAGUCCACCGUGCUGCCCACGGCCACGCGGUGCAUGCGGCGCAACCCGGAGGGCGCGGUGCCCGCGGUGGCCGCGCUCCUGGCGGACGUCGGCCUGGACAUGAGCCGCCACGCGGGAGAGCUGAUGGACGUGGUGAUGCAAUUCUUGAGGCACACGAAGGAGGCGGUGCGGCGCGGGGCGGUGGAGGUGGCCCGGGCGCUGGCGAGGGGUGCCAGCGAUGUGGACGCGGUGGAGGGCAUGAUGCGCGCCCUGAGGGAGGUGCUGGAGGGGAGGGCUGAGGGGGGCAAGGUGAAGAACACGGCCGAGCGGGGGGCACUGGUGGCGGCGGUGGCGGCGCUGUGCGCGGCGCCGGGCAAGGGCAAGGGCGUGGCCUUCCUGGCGGAGGAGACCGUGGACUUCGUGUGCCGGUACUACGAGGGCGAAG